UUUUCUCCUUUUCCUUCAAUUACUACUUCAUUCUCAAAAAAGUUAUUGGUAUAAGUACACAAAUACUAAUUGCCACAAUAUUGUAGCUAAAACACCAGAAAAUUGGACAAAAUCAACAAGUAUAAAACCACCGGUGGCUACGAACAAAACAGUGCGUGCUUGUAGCACAUGUAGAUGGAACUACAUGAUUCAAAGUGUCAUUGGAAUUGGGUAACAAUGACAGUUCUCACAGAAGCACAUUAGAAGGUUCAAAAAGUAAAUUAGCACACAAUACAGGGGAAGUCAGCACAACUGGACCAAAGCAAAAGCAAAGAAGUUUUCUGGACACAUCCAAACACUUUGAGGGACAGAGUGGCUGGGGCUGGGGCCCGGGGACCAUAGUUUCAGGGGACAUCUAGGUCAAUUGACAUGAUGCAGUUUAUUAAGAAAAUGUUCUACAUCUCACUUUGGCAAGUGGUGCCUGGGGUCUUAAAAGCUUGUGAGUGGCCAUCUAAGAAAAAUCAAUUGAUCUCAUCCUACUCAGAACAAAGGAGAAUGAAGAAAACCAAAGACACGAGGAAAAUAGUAAUCCAAAGGAGUAAAAGACCAAAUGACCCAGAGACUCCUCCAACCUGAGACCAGAACUAGAUGGUGCCUGGCUACCACCAAUGACCGUCCUGACAGGGAACACAACGGAAAGUCCUGGGCAGAGCAGGAGAAAAGUGUAGAACAGAACUCAAAUUUAUGUAAAAAAUUUAAUGGUCUGACAAAGACUGGAGGAACCCCUGAAACUAUGUCCUCCAGACGUACUGUUAGCCCAAACUGAAACGACUCCCGAAGCCCACUCUUCAGACGAAGAUUACACAGGACUAUAAAACAAAAAAACAAUACACGUGAGGAAGGUCCUUCUUAGUUCAAUCAGAUAUACAAGACCAAGUGGGCAGCUCCUAUUCAAAAGCAGGAUGAGAAGGCAGGAAGGGACAGGAACUGGUCGAAUGGACACAGGCAAGCCAGGGUGGAAAGGGGGAGUGUGCUAUUAUAUUGUAGGGAUUGCAACUAAUGUCACAAAACAAUAUAUGUAUAAAUUUUUGAAUGAGAAAUUAACUUGAACUGUUAACUUUCACCUAAAGCACAAAAAAAUGAAAAAAAGAAUUAUUUUGAUAAAAACACUCCUAACAUACUGUAUAAAUAUUAAAGAUUUGAAAUAAUUUUUAGUAGGAAUUCUCAACUAUGUGCUAUAAAACACACUAAAAACGAACUUAAUUUUGAUGUAGGUGAUGUUUCACUACUAACACUUAGUAGUCACAUAAAAUUGAUAAGAAUUUAUUCACCAAAUACUAGACAUACAAAGCAUUUUAUCACACAUACAUCAAUACAUAAAAGCACAGUAAAAUAUUUCAUACUUUAAUAUUCACUCCAGCUCUAAGCUGAAGAAUUUCCGUAACAUCACAUAAAAUAAGCAUUUCAUUACAAAUAUAGAUUUUGUUCACACACAAUUAUACAGUUCAUUUAGAAAACGUCAUUGCAAUAAACUAUAAUUACACCUAGUUAAAAAAAAAAGUAAAUUAGCAUGGAGUUCUGGGUGUAUUGUGGUUAUAGUGAUACAUGUAAGCUGGGCUUACAAAAAAAUGUUUUAGUUGCUUUAACUAACCACACAGAUAUUUUUAUAAAAAAUAAAAACUUUUGCAGAAACCCUGCGCAAAAAUUCUAUAGACAGUCAUUUUGGUGUCACGCCAUCUGACAGAAUUACCCGGUGUGGUUUCCCCUCUUUUCCCCAACAAUGCCUCUGGGGUAUUUAAUACAGGGAAUUGAAAGUUCCAGAGAAAGAAGAACUAAGAAGCCAAUAAGAAGAAUCAACCUACAGAUUAUUCAGAGCAGGAUGCAGCUACUGCCUGCAAUGGGGGUGGUGGGGGGAGGGCGCAGGGAAGAGUUAAUGUCACCUGAUCACAGAGCCAAUGUUUCCACUAAUGAAGUAGUAACCCCAUCCCAAAGUUUCUGGAAUCUUGGAUCACACAUAGAACACUUCAGGAGAUGGCUCCAGAAGGCACAAAUUGAGUCAUUGAUUGAAAAACAGACCCUUCAUCUCCAACUCCUUCCCCUUAUACCCUGCCAGGCAUCCUCUUUGAUUCUAAGAGAUCUGUAGAGCUCUGAGGGGGCCUAGGGAAUGUAUCCUAUUGAGUCUCUUCCAUCCCACCACCGUAGAGAGCAGGGAAGGGAAAGAAUGAGGAGUGACUCUAACAGUCAAAGGGCAAGAACCAGUACAGAGGCUGAGUCCAUACCAAGAGAGCUUGAAAUGGACAUAAAGCUGAGGCAGGGGGACCCAAGACUAUGAAAAACUGUGGGCCAGAGACAUGGAGAAUGACGCAUAGAGUAAAAGCAAGGCAACAUGUACUGGAAAGGAUUUAGAGGGCUUUGGGACAGGGGGAGGAAGAAUGUCACCCAGCAGGUCUCGGGGGAGGGGUGAGAAGGGGAACUCAUUUCAACUCAAACAGUUUUUUUUUUUCUAGGUGUGUUCACAAAACGCUCCAUCUCAGUACACUCCAGUUUCCUUUUGAAUUCAGGAGGGAAUGUAACACUGCACUGUUGCUCAGAGCUAGUGUUUGAUAAAUUUAUCCUAUACAAGGAAAAGGGUUCACAGUAUUCACAGAAACUUAGUAAGAGGCUCUGUACCGGGCAUUCUCAGGCUGACUCCACCAUGAGCCCUAUAAUGUCUGCUUAUGGGGGGACCUAUGGAUGUUAUGGUUCUCUCAGUCACUCCCCAUAUGAGUGGUCAGCUGCCAGUGACCCCCUGGAGCUCAUGAUCACAGGUGAGUGUGGUCUGUCCAGCACCUCGUCUUUGUGUGUUCUGGGUGCCUCAAGGGGGGAUCUGGUUGUUGAGCACACUGUCAGUACAAGGGAUAGAUACACAUAUACAGAGACUAACAAAGUAGAGAGAGGGAGAAAACAUCAAGAUCUUUUUUCUUCCAGGCCUAUACAUGAAACCUCUCUCUUAGCCCCGCUGGGCCCCAUGGUGAUGUCAGGAGGAAACAUGACCUUGUGCUGCAGCUCAGAGAGCUCAUUUGACAUGUACCAUCUAUCCAGGGAGGGGGAGGUCCAUGAACCCUGUUUCCCUGGAGUGCAGAGCCACAAUGGUGCAUCGCAGGCAGACUUCUCUCUGCGCCCUGUGACCCCAGCCUAUGGUGGGACCUUUAGAUGCUACAGGUCUUUAUUCAAGUGGUCAGAACCAAGUAACCCACUGCAUAUUUUGGUCACAGGUGAGGAACCUGUCCCAUGGCAAUAAUCAGACUAAUUUUUAAGGGCAUAUCUUAGGGAUAGCCCCAGAAGGUGAUGGGGAAGGCCAGGAAUUCUGAAUGAAGGAGACAAAGAACAUGACAGUAAGAAAAUGCAAGAACCUGUAAGGCCUAGGGUGACCCAGCUACUGUCAUGGAGGGAGUCAGAGAGAAGUCCUCCAACACCUUCCUCCAUGUCUUGUUUGAGGCCCACAUUGGGUUCAUAUGUUGCAGGCUGAUGAAGAAAGAGAUCAGGGCAGACUCAAGAGGAGUAGUACAGGCCAGGCUCAAUUUGGAAGGAUCAAAGGUAGCCUCACCCCUUUUCCCUUAUCCAUUUCUCAGCAACCACUCCUGACAUCUCAUCCACAAAGUGAUUCCCCAGGUAGGGAGCACAGACGCCACUCAUACUGAGGGUGGGGAAAAUGAUGUCUCUUGACUGUGGGCAUCUUCCAUCCACAGAAAUCUCCCAAUCCCUCUCUAAACAAACAAACAAAAAAAGCAGUUGCCAUGGAGUUGACUCAUACUUAUGGUGACCCACGUGCAUCAGAGUAGAACUGUGCUCCCUAGGGUUUUCAAUGGCUGAUUUUUGGGGGGGAACAGAUCACCAGGCUUUUCUUCCAAAGUGCCUCUGGGUGGACUUCAACCUCCAACUUCUCAGUUGGCAGCCAACCACGUUAAACAUUUGUACCACCCAGGGACUCCAUUUCCUCUCUAGACCUUCUCAUCUCAGGGAGGAAAUCAUCUCCCUGGAGUUUCUAAUGGAGGGAGCCCAGGACCUCCAACCGUCCUGAGGUAGAUGACAGAGUGAGAGGUAGGCAGCAACCAACCCUUCAGGAGGAAAGGGAACACUUCAGGGAGGCAGAGUUAGGACACUCCCUCACCCCUUCUAUGUUCUAUUUCCUAGAAAUCCCUACUACCUGCAAGCAAGGAAGGAACACUGGGAAGAGCACAUCACCGACAAAAACAACCACUGAAACUGGUGAGCAAAAGGAACUCUUAGUCUAGCUCAUGAUCCAUGGCAAGAUGCAAGUCUUGUGUGUGACUGUUGGCUUUGUCACCUCCCAGCUCUUUGACCUUCAGCUGGUCACUUUCCAUCUCUGAUCUAUUCUCCAACACAUUGGAGACUGUGGCCACUAUGGAAAUCUGUGAAGACUUUUAGUCUCUGCUGCUCUGAGACUGAGAUCUUUUCCAAAAGGGAGGAGCAUUGCUUAUCCUGUCUCUAUCAGUGUCUGUGAGCAAGAGAAUGUGGGGAGGAGUGGAAGACAGCACCAUGAAUAUUAAUUGUCCACCCGUCAAUGUUGUAUGUGCUGAAUAUGCAAUACAUAAGAAUGAAAAGGCCACUGUCCUCCAGAGACUGGAGAAACCCUGAAAGUAUGACCCCCAGGUACCCUUUCAGCUCAGUAAUGGGUCAAUCCUGGGGUUCACCCCGCAGCCAAAAAUUGAACAGGCCCAUGGAACAAAACAAGACUAAAGGGGCGCAUCAGUCCUGGGACAAGUAAUGGAAGGUAGAAGGGUGCAGAAAAGCUGGUAAUAGGGAACUCAGGGUUGAGAAGGGAGAGUGUUUACAUGUCAUGGGGUUCUUAACCAAAGUCGUACAACAAUGCGUGUACUAUUUGAUGAGAGACUAGUUCGUUCUGUAAACCUUCCUCUAAAGUUCAACAAAAAAUAAAAAUAAAUAGAAAAAAAGGCCACUGUCCUCAGGAAAAUCAUAUUUCAGUUCUGUGUGGAGGAAAGAAAGAAGUUAAAAAAAAAAUACAUACAUAAUACCCUGCAUAAAACUACAGUAGGUAAAAUAGCAUCAUGUGAUAGCAAAAGCUUAAGGGAUAAUUUGGAUUGGAUGGUAGACAAGAGCACACUGAGCAGAUGACAUUUAAGGUGUCAUCUUAAUGAAAAGAGAGUCACUCAUGAGAAGAUUGGUGGAAGGAUAUCUCCAACAGAUAGAACACCAAGUACAGUGGCCCCAAAGCAGCAAUGAACCUGGUAUUAUUCAAAGCAACUCUGUGCAUGAUGUGUGGCAAAUGAGGUGGACUUGAGUGACAUAGACAGGAGCCAAAUUAUAUAAAAGGCAAUGACAGUGAGUUUGGAUUUUAUUCUGAGAUGUGCAGCCAUUAACAGGUUUUAAUCAGAAAGGUGUCAUACUUUGCACUGAAUCUUAGAAAAGCCAUAUUGGCAGAUGUGAACAGAAUUGAUUUUAAGGAGGAUGCAUGGAAACCAUAAGCCUGGUAGGAGGCUGUGGAAGUCAUUGCAGUGAAAAAUUAUGGCGGCUUAGUUAUGAAGGAGGUGGUGGAGAAGUUGAGUGAGUAGAUUCAGUAAAAACCCAAGGUAGACUCAUUAGGAGAGAGAUCUCAAAGCCUAGUUUUGGUAUCUCCAGUCUGGGUGGCCUUGGCCAUGUACAUUUUCCCUGAUCCUCUAUUUCACUAAGUGGAAACUCAUAAUUGGGCUGGCAGAGGAUGGGGACAGAGAGCCCAGUGAGGGAGCACAGUAAAGUCCUUGAAAGAAAAAUCUUUCAAAAAAUAGUCAGUCUCUUGGGUUCAAAUCGUGGCUCUGCUACUUCUAGUCACUAAACUCACUGAGCCUUAGAACAUUAGGCUAAAUCCCUCCAAAGCCCACCUCCAUGCCUUGUUUGAGGUCAACCUUGAGAUUAUAGGUAUCCAGGCAAAUGAAGUAAGGGGUCAGGGCAGACCCAGGAGGAGAAGAGGCUGGACUUCGUUGGGGAGAUGGGAGGUUGCUUCAGAUCCUCACUAUUACCAAUUUCCCAGAAGCCCCUCCUGACCUCUCACCCACAGAGCUAUUCCCAGGUGGUGAGCACAGAUAGCUACCACUCAUCUCAGGAGGGAGGCCAUGUGUCUUGAUUAGAGGCAUCUUCUAACCCUGGGUCUCUCUCACUUUCUCUCUACAAUUUUAAGUCUUGAGGAGGGUGUUCUCCUUCAGGCAUUCUAGUGGGGGCAAUCACAGGACUUCCAGGGGCCCUACUGCCCUCAAGUGGAGGCAGCCUGUGUGUGUAUGUGUGUGUGUGUGUUUGCAUGCACAUGCACAGAUGCACAUGCUUGUAUGUGUGCACACGUACUCUCCAUCUUGUUCACAAAACAUGCACAGUCAAUGUAGUUGGAGUUAGCUUCUCCUUCAAGACUUGGUUGACCUUGUCUGUGAAACUCUGUAUGUUUAGUGUUUUGCUUCAUGGAAUUGGUAUCUUUGCUGUGAUCAUUCCCAAACAUAAAUCCAUUCAGACAAUUGUUGUCAUUGAACUCCUGCAUAGCUCCCCAUGUACUCAGAAGAAAGCCCAACUUCUUUCUGUGACGUUCAAUGCCCUGUAUGCUCUUCAGCUCGGUGACAACCAACCAUCGCACACACAAACUUCCCUCAGACACUGCAGCAACUCUGCCUCCCUUUCUUGGAGCAGAGUAAGCAAUGACCCCUCGGAGAUGCUGAUCUUACAAGUUCAUGCCUGGUAUGUUAAUGACAUAACCACCAUACCAAACCAAAACCAAAUCCAUUGACACUGAGUCGAUUCCAACUCAUAGCCAGCACUUUAUCCUCUUUUUUAUUUCAGUAAAAACUUCUCACUUUUUAGAAAAGAUUUCCUUUAAAAAAAAAAAACCCAGAAAAGAACCCUCUAAAUAACAUGUUCUUAAUGUUGACUCAUCAUUAGAAGCGAUCUUAGAUCUUUAAAAAAAAAACAAAACUCUAUAUUUAAAAUCAGAAUUAAACCAGAAUCUCUGUGAAGGGAACACCAACGCUGCAUUUUUAAAGCUCCCCAAUUAAUUAAAAUAAGCUCACAAAUGUGAGUCCUACUGCUAUAGACAGUAAGAUCUGUACCCAGAACUUCCCAUAUAGACGCACUAUCUAUAACUUUCCAAAAAUCACCUCUAUAUAUACUGUGCCUAUAUCCAUUUAUGUUCUAUUGUUGUAAAAAAAAAAAAAAAAAUCCAAACCUGCUGCCAUCAAGUCGAUUCUGACUCAAAUCAACCCUGUGUACAGCAGAGCAAAAUGCCACCCUGUCCUGUGCCAUCCUCACAAUCAUUGCUACAUAUGAGCCCAUUGUUGCAGCCACUGUGUCAGUCCAUCCUGUUCAGGUUUUUCCUCUUUUUGACUGACCCUUUAAAUUACCGAGCAUGAUGCCCUUCUACAGGGAUUGGUCUCUCCUGGUAAUAAGUCCAAAGUAAGUUGAGACUAAGUCUCGCCAUCCUCACUUCUAGAAGCAUUAUGAAUUUACUUCUUCCAAAAUUGUUCAUUUUUCUGGCAGUUCAUUGGUCGCCAAGACCACUAUUCAAAUGCAUCGAUUCUUCUUCGGUCUUCCUCAGUCAUUGUCCAGAAUUCCACUGCAUAUGAGGCGAUUGAGAAUGCUAUGGCUUGGGUCAGAUGCACCUUAGUCCUCAAAGUGACAUCUUUACUUUUAACACUUGAAAGAGGACUUUUGCAGCAGAUUUGCCCAAUGCACUGCAUCAUUCCAUUUCUCCACUUCUGCUUCCGUGGGCAUUGAUUGUGGAUCCAAGUAAAAUGAAAUCUGCCUAUAUAGUUGUUCAUCUAUGACGAUUGCUUGUCAUUCAUUUACAUAGACUAUUGGUUCCAUGAGGGUGUAUGUGUGUAUAAGUGCUUAGGUAAAGAUCAGCAGAAUGUUUGUGAGGAAGAAUUAAAAGAGACACUCACAAAACCUUAAUCAUUGCCUUUUGUUAAUAUUCAAGACUCCACUGUCUGUCACUGUCACUCCAAAUGAUUAGACUGAAGCAAAGAGCUCGUCGCAGCCCAUUCCCCAGAGUUAAGAAGCCAUUGUAACUAAAGAGCUGAGCAGGUAUCCUCUCCAGAUAACAGUCAGUACAGUGAAUGUUUCCUGAUGCCCACAAAAAAUGGGGAUCCCAUAGCCUCACACUGGCUAAAUGUUCAAAUCUCCUGAGUAAGUGGGGACUCUAACCCCAGGUGAUGUGUGUGGACUUAGCACAGGAUUCUCAAUUUUGAGAGGAGUGAAUAGCUCAUAUUAAAGAUCCCUGAAUUCUAGGGCAACAGGUUUGGUUUUUUUCUUUGUUUCUUUAAUGUUCCAGACUAUUUAUCCCCUUCGCUUCUCCUCAUUACAUGCAAUACUUCUCCUCAGGUGAGUUUUUUCUCCUCCUUCUCUUCCCAUUUUCUUCCUUUCUUCUUCCUCCUGUUCCUCCUCUGCCUCAGCUCCUUCUCUCCUCAUCCUCCUCUGCUCCUUCUUCUUCUUCCUCUUCUCCUUAUUUCUCCUCCUCUUCUGCUUCUCCUUUGCUUCCUUUUCCUCUUCCUCCUUCUCCUCCUCCUCCUCCUAUUCUUCCUCUUCUCUGCUGUUGUUUUUAUUUUUUUUUAACUUUUCAUCUUUCAUCUCACUGUUUUUCGUGUGGUGCUCUUUUUAAUCUAUUUUCUGUAUUCGUGGAAUCCAAGAGUGAAAAAUAACCUAAACUUCAAUUUUUGCUUACUGUAGGCGUGCACUUAUCAACAUAGAGAAAACUUAAAGAGUUGAACUUUUAAAAAAUGACUAAAAUUUUGCUUUCCUCUGUCUGAUUAAAUCUUCUAAAAUUUGUAUGUCUAUUAAUGUAAAAGUUCCAUAUAUGAAAUAAAUAUUUUAGAAAAACUCUGAUAUUAAAAGAUUAUUUUCUUACUGUUGGUAACUACACAGCAUGGUGAAAGUAAUUAAUGUCUCUGAGUUGUACACAUAAAAAAGGUUGGAAUGGCAAGUGUUUGUUUUAUAUACACACACUAAAAAAAACCCAUUGCCAUCAAGUCAGUUCGGACUCACAGCGACCCUAUAGGACAAAGCAGAACUGCCCCACAGGGUUUCUAAGAAUCACCUGCUGAAUCCGAACCACAGACCUUUUGGUUAGCAGCCGUAGCUCUU